AUGGAGCUGGUUGGGAGUGGUUUCACAAUCUACAAAACCAUCGACGUCUCCAGAAACAGAUUCGAAGGAGACAUCCCUGAAUCCAUUGGUCUUCUCAAGGAACUGAUUGUGCUCAACAUGUCAAACAACGAUUUCACAGGCCAUAUUCCACCAUCUCUAUCGAACUUGAGCAAUCUCGAAUCAUUGGAUCUAUCUCAAAACAGAUUAUUCGGCAGUAUCCCACCAGAGCUCGGAAAACUCACGUUUCUAGAGAGGAUGAACUUCUCUUACAACAUGCUUGAAGGUCCAAUACCACAAGCCACUCAGAUUCAAAGCCAGAAUAGUUCUUCAUUUACAGGGAAUCCCAAUCUAUGCGGUGUUCCUCUCCAAGAAACAUGCGGCGGAGAAGAAGAAGCAACAAAACGCAAUAGCUAUCUUCAGCCUAAACUUUCUGGAAAUUUUCAUCAUUAG